AUGAGGUACUGCGGACUAUGGGAAGCACAUGUAAUAGCACUGUCUACAGUGUCAGUCAUGAGAAUAAAUGACUACUCACCAAUGGGGGUGCACGGGAACGGACUGGACAUAGGGAUAAUGGGUGUCCACAGGGUAUCGGAUAGUCCGAAGCACAGGAAAGUGCGGGUCCUAAGCGGGGAAUGGAUGGAAAGUGUGCUGGUAUCCAAUAUCAUCAAAAUAGCCAAUUGUGAGGCUAGCGCCAUCUUGUCGAUCAGCACGUCAAUUAAUGUUAAUAUGGCGCCUCGUAAAUGGACAACAUCCGAGCAGGAGGAACACGAAGCAUACUCAAAGUUGUACUAUGCUGAUCAAGUUCAGAAAAACAUCCAAGAGACACUGAAGGUCGCACAAGCAACACGAUCACUCACCAAUGGUCAGCGAGUAGCGCUUGUGAAAAAAGAGACUGCUGCUCUGUAUGCAGGCGAGUCUGAGGAUAUCAAGGCUAAGGUGAAGGAGUAUAUCCACGCACAGAAGGAAGAGCACGGUAAGGGAAAAGCUGAGCCUUGGAGCGAUGACAAUCAGCAGCGAAAUCUUACCAAACUGGCCACCAUCGCGAAUCAAUUCCUCAAAGGCCUCACUGAUGCGACCAGCCUAUCCUUCAGCCUUCUCGUUGGGGGUCCAUCCGUCGAGCUAGGUGGAAUGAUUGAUGUCUGGAGCCAAAAUGACACUCACCUGUGCUGCUUCCACAUCGGGAUGACGAAGCUGGGCAACAAUUUUAGCCAGGCUUACCCUAAGUUCGAGAGUGACAUAGUGGGCCCGUUCCGAGACUAUCUGUAUUCGGAGGCUGCAGCACUCAAAGACCAGAAGAUGGGAGGAGCAAGCAGCUCCAGUUCAUUGUGGGGAGACAGCUUGAAUCAACCAUCAUAUCCUGUGUCAGAUAUGAUGGACGAGCUGUCCAACCAGGAUACAUCUUUGUCAGGCAUGUUUCAAUCACCAGAUCUAUCCAAGUUUCCUUCUUCGUCAAAUGGCCCGGAUUUAUCCAAGUUUCUGCCUUCAUCAAAUGGCCCUGGGUCUCCUACAUUGCCCUUCGGCUCUCACAAUGUUCUCUCUGGCGACAAUCAACAAGACUGGCCACUGUCCGAGGACCUCGACAACUUUCUGGAGACAUUGGCCCAGAACCUGCCAAUAAAUGCAGAGGAGCCCAACAGCGACAGGCCAGAUGCACUCCCUGCAUCUUCAGUGGCAGAAGACCCUACAGAGGACUCGUGCCCUUCAUCCAUCCCAACCUGCACUCCCCCUUCAGCAGACUCAUGCACUCCAUCCAUCCCGACCCACACUUCCCCUUCGGCAGACUUGUGCCCUCCGUCCAUCCCAUCCUGCACUUCCUCUUUGGCAGACUUGUGCCCUCCAUCCAUCCCAUCCCGCACUUCCCCUUUGGCAAACAUUGCAAAUGAGGCUCAAGAAAACAAGGUUCAAACAGAGGCUCAAGCGGACGAGGUCCAAACAGACAAGGGGAAUGACAGCGGUGGACCUCGUAGAACAAGGUGUGCACACAUCCCAUCUACACGCAACACCAUUGCCAACUCGAUCGGUAACUCAUUGAACCCAGCUUCAAAAUGCAGCCAUGGUACUGAUUCAUCCGCUCAUGUGGGCCAGCAAACAAAAAAACCAAGGGUGUGA